AUGGAAGAAAAUGAUAAAUACUACUCGGAUGGGUAUGACUUGAAAUUCAAGAAUAUCACCAAAAGGAAAUUUUGUUUCCUAAUAUUAUUAUUAUUAUUAUUAUUAUUAUUAUUAUUAUUAUUAUUAUUAUUAUUAUUAUUAUUAUUAUUAUUAUUAUUAUUAUUAUUAUUAUUAUUAUUAUUAUUAUUAUUAUUAUUAUUAUUAUUAUUAUUAUUAUUAUUAUUAUUAUUAUUAUUAUUAUUAUUAUUAUUAUUAUUAUUAUUAUUAUUAUUAUUAUUAUUAUUAUUAUUAUUAUUAUUAUUAUUAUUAUUAUUAUUAUUAUUAUUAUUAUUAUUAUUAAUAUUAUUAUUAUUAUUAUUAUUAUUAUUAUUAUUAUUAUUAUUAUUAUUAUUAUUAUUAUUAUUAUUAUUAUUAUUAUUAUGA